AUCAAAACAAAACCCAACCGGACCAAAGACAAAACCCGGUGCGUAUCCGCCGGUUGCGUGCAGGUGUUAACCUCAUCCGGAAGAUAAGGCAGGACUGCAGAAAUGGAGCCGCGUGUGGUUGAGGUCACAGGUGACCUCUUCACAUGUCCAAGCACACACAGUCUGGCACACUGCAUCUCAGCCGACUGUCGGCUGGGCAAGGGCAUUGCGGCCAUCUUCAAACGCAAGUUUGGCGGCAUCUCAGAGCUGCUGGCACAGCGUAAGAAGCCUGGUGAGGUGGCCGUGUUGCGUCGCGGGUCACGCUAUGUGUACAACCUUAUCACCAAGCACAAGUACUACGAGAAGCCGACGUACGAGACACUGCGGCGCGCGCUGAGCGCGGUCAAGGAGCACUGCGUGACGCACGAGGUACGCCACCUGGCCAUGCCGCGCAUCGGCUGUGGCCUGGACGGCCUAACCUGGGACCGCGUUCUGCCCAUCAUCAAGGACGUCUUCCAAGACUGCUGCGUGCAGGUCGAGAUCUUCUCGCUGUGAGGUGACCUGGCGCCGUGGUGGCGAGGGCCGCAAUGGCGAUGCGGCUCUGCAGCAGGGUCGCUUUGUCGGACAAAGUUAUGUGCUCCUCGUGCUUCACUUUGAACUGGAGAUGGUCGGGUUGCGCGAGGAGCAUCGCGUUGGCUGACGGUGCUCGUGAAAGGGUUUUCGUAAAUCGCGAGUGAUGCUGAAGCGGGCGUGUUUCUCAAUGGGGGCAGGUGAGGGUGGAUCAAGUUGUAUCCUAUGAAGGACAUCUCCGCGAAUAUUAAAAUGCGUGAGAUAUUCCGAAAUGCUGCAUAUCGGAUAUGUUGAAGCUGAUGUGUCGACAUCUCACAGACUUUAUCUGCAGUGUACCAGAGAAAAACUCCUCGUGUCACUCAAGUUGGUAAUGCCAAUGCCGCAAGAUGCCACCAAUGCCAACCAAUCGUUGGCUCUUGAUUCUAAGCUGCCCCUCUAGGUCUGCUGCGGUGGCAGAAUCUACGAGAAUCCCAGCAUGUUCGCCAUCGGUGAUAUGUUCUUACUUUGUUGCCUGAUGUAGGCUGUGUUUUUGUUAUAUAAUACACGUUGAAAA